CUGCCAGGCUCUGCCGGCCCGGCGCCCCGGCCCAGCCCUCCCUCCUGCCCUCUCGCCCCGCAGAUCCCGACUGGGCCUCCUACAAGCUGGGGGUCUUCAUCUGUCUCAACUGCUCCGGCGUCCACCGCAACUUCCCCGACAUCAGCAAAGUGAAAUCCGUGAGGCUCGACUUCUGGGACGACAGCAUUGUGGAGUUUAUGACCCACAACGGGAACCUCCGUGUGAAGGCCAAGUUCGAAGCCAGAGUCCCAGCUUUCUAUUACGUCCCUCAGGCCAACGACUGCCUGGUCUUAAAAGAACAAUGGAUUCGAGCAAAGUAUCAGAGACAGGAAUUUAUGGCUGAUGGGGAAACCAUCUCACCCCCAGGUAACCGAGAAGGAUUCCUGUGGAAGCGGGGGAGGGACAACGCACAGUUCCUGAGAAGGAGGUUUGUCCUUCUGGCAAGAGAAGGCCUCCUGAAGUACUACACUAAGGAGGAGGGCAAAGGACCCAAAGCUGUCAUCAGCAUUAAGGACUUGAAUGCCACCUUCCAGACAGAGAAGAUAGGGCACCCCCACGGGCUGCAGAUCACCUACAGGAGAGAGGGUCACACCAGGAACCUGUUUGUGUAUCACGAGAGUGGGAAGGAGAUAGUGGACUGGUUCAAUGCCCUUCGUGCAGCCCGUCUGCAAUACCUGAAAACGGCCUUUCCUGAGCUCCCGGAGUCUGAGCUCGUGCCGCUCCUCACAAGGAACUACCUCAAACAAGGCUUCAUGGAAAAGACUGGGCCAAAGCAGAGAGAACCUUUCAAGAAAAGGUGGUUCACCCUGGAUUCCCAGGAGCGGAGGCUGCUCUAUUACAAGAACCCACUGGAUGCCUUUGAGCAGGGCCAGGUUUUUCUGGGGAGCAAUGAGCAGGGGUAUGAAGUAUAUGAAGACCUGCCCAAGGGCAUCCGAGGGAAUCGCUGGAAAGCUGGCCUCACCAUCGUCACCCCUGAGCGGAGAUUCGUUCUCACCUGCCCCAGCGAGAAGGAGCAGCAGGAAUGGCUGGACAGUUUGCGAGAUGUCCUGUCCCACCCUUUGACGCCCCUCAAUCUCUUCACUGCAUCAACAGAGAGUGGCUGCAGCAGCAGGUGACCUAUCGGCUGAGGGACUAGCUGGUCACUGAACACCCAGAGCUCCUAUGGGAAGAAGAAGCCCUCACCACAGCCCUGGUUUCCCAGCAUUCUGCCAAAACCAAAGCUGUGGCUUUAUCUGCCAGCUGCCUGGACCCUCCCCACUACUCACUCUGGGGGCACAUCUGCCCCUCUCCUCCAUACACAUGCAGGGUCGAAAUGUCCUUAAGGCCCAUAGCUUUCUCACAUCUGAAAUGGAAACAUUGCAAUGAAAAGGUACCCAAAGCAUCAUGCAAGUGGCAUCCUGCCCCCACCCCCCAAAAAGUUUAAUCUGAAUCUAACUAAGAGGAAAUAAUCAGACAAAUCCACAAGGAUAUUCGGCUAAAUACCUGGCCUGGACUCUCAGGAAAUGUCAAUAUCAUGAAAAAUAAGGUAGUCUGGGAAACUGUUCUAGAUUAAAGGAGACCAAGGCAUGGCAACCAGAUGCAAUUCAUGAUGCUGGAUUAAAAAAAAAAACAGCU